GACCAGCACACACCUGUGGGCGCGUCCUUGUGUACUACCUGAGCUUUGACGCGCGCAGUGUGUUGUUUGCGUUCAUCACGGGAGAGUCAGUGUCAGCUUCUGUCCGGAUAUCACGGUUCAUCAUCGAGGUUUAGUUCCAGUUUCAUUUCAUCAUGCCGAGCAACAGGCGCAGCACACCUCCGUACUUCAACAAUGGCGGCAAACAUAAAAGCAGCAGACACAGACACAGCGAGCUCAUGUCUAACCGCACCUUCUACUACCCCGGAGACGAGAUACUGCACUACUACCGCUGGUCGUCUCCCCCGGGCGUGAUGAAGAUCCUCUCCAUCAUCAUCAUCAUCAUGUGUGUGGCCGUGUUUGCGUGCGUGGCCUCCACGCUGGCCUGGGACUACGACAUGGGCCUGAUGGGUCUGGGGGGUGGAGGACUGAUCCCUGGUUAUGGAGGGUACGGCGCCGGAUCUUACGGCGCCGGAUCUUACGGCAACUCGUACGGCGGCUCUUUUGGCGGCACGUACGGCAGCUCGUACGGCGGGGUCGGAGCUGGAUCUGGUUCUUAUAGUUAUGGAGGGUCACAGAUGGAUCCAAGAGCCGGCAAAGGCUUCAUCAUCGCCAUCUCCGGCAUCACCUUCAUUGCUGUGCUCAUCAUCUUCAUUCUGGUGGUUUCGAGGCACAGCACGGCACAGAAGCCAAGCUUCUACGUGGCUGCCAUCGCCAUCAGUGCCAUCCUGGCGUUACUCAUGCUCAUCGCCACCAUCGUGUACCUGGUGGCCGUGAACCCGACCGCUCAGUCCACAGGGUCCAUGUACUACAGUCAGAUCCGUCAGCUGUGCGCCCAGUACCAGACCCAGACCCAGGCCCAGGGCAUCUUCCUCAACCAGUACCUGUACCACUACUGCGUGGUGGAACCUCAGGAGGCGAUCGCCAUCGUCCUGGGCUUCCUGGUGUUCUUGGCCCUCAUCAUCCUGCUGGUGUUCGCCGUGAAGACCCGCAACCAGAUCAGGCGCUACGGCCCCGAGCGCAUCCUGUGGGAGGAAGUGAAAGUCAUCAAUGAUGGUACGCACAACAGCGUCGGAGAGUGGGUGAAAAAUGUGUCGGGUGACCCAGAGGUGCCUCUGAAUGAUGCUAAUCCUCACGUUGGGGGGUCCAGAGACUACCUGGACCAUCUGGACAACAACAAACCUCUCUACUUGCCAGGAGACUCGGAAAUCAGCAGCUCUGUCGGCAUCCUGAAGCCCAGACUGAGGGAUUACGACCCCGGUGUGGAGUCAGGAGACGACCUAGAGGAGGAGGACUUCAGCGUUUUGUUUCCUUCCAUCGUGGAUGAACAAGAGCGACUCACCUACAAGCGGGAGUUUGAUCAGGAUCAUCAGGAGUACAAGAGUCUGCAGGCGGAGAUUGACGGCAUAAACCAGGACCUGGCAGAUCUGGACCGAGCGCUGGACCGACACCCUCAGGGUAGUCCUCAGUUCCUGGAUGCCAUGGACGAAUACACCAAACUGAAGAAUCUCAAGAAGUCUCCUCAUUACGAGAUAAACAAGAAGAGGUGCAAAUAUCUCCGGUCCAAACUGUCACACAUCAAGAGGAAGAUCAGCGAGUACGACCGCAGACCCUGAGAUGUGUCCUGAGGAGACGGGGCUGAAGACCUCUGAGAGUUUUAUGAAGAAUUGAUUCAGGUGUAAAAAGGUAUUUUAAUUGUUCCUCUCAUGAAGUAAUGAAGUGAGAGAGGUGAUAUGUGAUGUUUUUAUUUCAGUACUUUGACAAAGCACUUUUUGUGCUUCUUUAUUGCUUUUCUAAAAACAUGUUUGUAAGUUUGUAUUUUAUGAAGGCACGGCUGAGAUAGGACACACUCCUGCGUUAUAAACUCCCCUACCAGCCUGUAAAUAUUGUUUAUUUGAAAACGUUUUAAAAUGUGUCUGCUGUAAGCUUCUCUGUUCUCUCUGAGCUGCCCUCUGUAAACCUCUCUACUCUUCAUCUCAUGAUGAAGUUAACAUGUUCUCAUUCCCACGCCUCUUAAAGCAAAUGAACAACGUCUUGAAUGUAAAGAUUUCCCUCUGAUGGAGAUCAAACCUGUUUUCUCAGUUAUAUAAAUUUCGGUGUUCAAUCGUGAAGUCAUAACUGUUUGUAUAAGAUGUGUUCUGGAGAAAGCAGGUGACAGCUUUUAAUAAAGAUUUUAUAUUCAC